AUGGAUUCUCUUCGCUUUCGACGAAAGGCUGUGCCUGCGUCGCUAAACAUGGACAAUCAUGAGCGAUUUUACCCCACGAAGACAUUUGUACACCGUCGGGUUUCAGGGACGGGUACGAAUUUUGAUGACACCGACAUCGAAGACAGUGACUCGGAUGAAGAGUUUCUGCGACAGAGCAUGCAAUCGCUUGCUUAUGACAGUAAUACCACUCUAUCCUCACCUGACCUCCAAACACCCGAUGAAAUCGACAAGAAUACGGUCAGCAUCCUUCUGGACAAGUCGUCGCUGGUCCGAGGACCUAAUGGUCCGCACCUGUUCCGGGAUUCUCGAGGUUCUUCGAUCUACGAACCAUCAACGGCGGAGAUUGAUCUCUAUUUUGAGCGGUCUCCAUUGCAGACCGAGUUUUCUCGCUCUAUUGAUACACCUAAUCGAUUUCCUUUCUCACCCAAUACACCAAACCGCUUCCCAUUUUCCCCGAAGACCCCCAAAGCCUUCACAACAGUGCACCCCGAUGUAUCCCAGGUGGAUGAAGAGGAAAUUCGCACCUGGAAGCCCAGCCAGGUUGCACACUGGCUUUAUAUUGCUGGAUACAACGACGCUGUAAUUGAGAAGUUCAUUUUGAAUGAUAUCACUGGCGGUGUUCUUCUUAGCUUGCAAAUUGACGACCUGAAGGAAUUGAGCAUCACCUCUUUUGGCAUUCGUCACCAAGUCAUGGCUUCGAUCAACCACUUGAAGGACACCAUGCACAAGGGUGGACCUCUCCACCCUGAUCCCCCGCUGUCAGGGGCUUCGAUUUCUCAAACGUCAGAUUCUCAGAAUACGUUGUCUCAUGACCAAUACCAUGACCAAUAUCAUGCUCAACGUCAUGACCAACAUGACGAUCAACAUCAUGACGACUCUCAUGACGAUUCGUCUCAUGGACGCUCAUCUCCCGAGCGGCGCUCGUAUGCCAUGACCGUAUCUCCUACCGGUGAUGUUCUCUAUAGAGGCAUCUACGGACAAAUUGGCAACCAAGUCACUCCAGCCGAAUCUGUGUCUAUCGUCGGAAUUGAGCAACUUCUUCCCAAGCCACACAGUUGCUCUAAGGGCGAAAAUUGCUCAAAAUUCAGGCGCCGCCAGAGAAAGAUUGAGAAGCUCAAAGCUGAAUUCCCUGAUGCGUUUGUCAGUGAUGGUGCCAUGAUCACCGGCAGUCCUGGAAAUCCACAAACAGCAAUGAACAUGUUGCGACCGACAUCCGAUGCUCAGCCAUCUGUGGCCGCCUCAUCUGGUGUGUUUGGGCCGGGGAGAGGACCUAGGCUUUCGGAAGCUGCGCUCAGCGAAGUUCAAAAAUUGGACCCGCGAGAGGCUGUCCGGAAUUUCCUUAGCUAUCAAAACGUCGAUGAAUCUAAGCAUAUGCUGCCUGGCCUGGAUACGACUAAUCUGCCUCCCGCAGGCAACUUUGGUAGUUACUCACCACCUGAGGCGCAGCCAAACAAUAUGGCAGCCAAUCUGCGCAGUCUGCCCAAGCUACACAUCCCGACAAGCCCCAAUACGGAGGAGAUGACAACCGCCGUGACGACCAACCCACGCUCUAUGAGUCCGAAUCUUGAACCAUAUGGGUCGCCCACGGCAAUUCAAAGAUACGGCCCGUUUACCCAGGCAAAUGAAGUGGAUGUCUACCGUCAGGGUACUCCAUUUUCGGAGAUGGAUGUUCCCAUAACCGCUAUUCCCACUGGUCCGAUCGCUCGAGAUGCCUCACAGUCGGUGCCCCCUGACAUGCGGUACCGUCCCAACGUAUUCCCCAACGGGACUCUGUUUCCGUCAUACCGCGAUCCCAUCGCUCGCAGCGCAUCGGCGCGUCCUCGUGCCGGAUCAAAUCUUCGCCGAGUGGACGAAGACAAGCCUCUUCCCCCGAUCGAAGUUCCUGCCGAUCUGAUCCGCAGCCCUCGUUUGCAACAGCACGGCCACAGUGCGUCUUUGUCAGAGCUCGCCUCGGACCCGGAUGUUACCCACGCCGGCUACAUGAAGAAGCGCAACAAAACCCGCCUGCUUCACCACGAAUGGCAGGAGGCACACUUCACGCUGCGUGGUACUAAUCUGGCUAUGCACAAGGAUGAGUCUGAGGCUCAUCGCAUCUCCCGUGCGCUGGAAAACAUCAAUGUCGAUGACUACGCCGUUGCAUGCCAGUCGCUGGCGACUGGCUCCAAGCUCUCGGCUGGUUUUAAGAAGACCAUCCUUCGCAGGGGAAGUGAAUCGAGCAAGGACGACUCCGCCUUUGCUUUCUCGCUUAUUCCUGCUACUAGGGAGAACGAGAAAAAGGCUCUCUUCGGUAAUAAAGAUGGAAUCAAGACCCAUCGCUUCGCUGUCAAGACGCGCGAAGAGCGUAUUGACUGGAUGCGCGAGCUUAUGCUCGCGAGGGCACUGAAGAAGGGUAAGGAGAGAGGCGAGGAGGUCCUUGUUAACGGAAACAUGAUUUAG